AUGGGUACCCUCACAAAAUCAAGCGCGCUUCCUAGGCUCUCUGCCGUCAUUGGAAAUCUCUCUGUAGCCAAAAUUAUAUCUCUAGCCAUUACACUUGUCGUUGUGCGAUGGGUAGUCAGAGGCAUCUACCGAGUCUACUUUCAUCCGCUUAGCCGCUUCCCUGGGCCAAAGUUCUCUGCCUUCACGCGUCUACCGCAGGUAGUGCGCCUCUCACCUGAUGAACUCAGCUUCACCAACCCAAAAGCUUGGCGCGACAUCUACGGCUAUGGGUCAAAGGAAGGCCCAGGCUCGGCGCCGCCCAAGAAUUGGAACCGCCAGGGAAGUUCUCCUACCGGAGCCAACUCACUUGUGGCAGAGCGAGACAACGCCGAACAUGCACGAAUCCGCAGAAUCUUCUCUCCCGCGUUCUCUGACCGGGCGCUCGUACAGCAGUCACCGUUAUUUACCAAGUACGCUGAUCAACUUAUCCGCAAUUUGAGAGAAAGUACGAAUACUUACUUCGCACAAAUAUCUCCAGACAACUUCACCACUUUCGACGUAAUGGCUGACCUAACAUUCGGUGAAUCUCUACACCUAAUCGAUAACGCAGAAUAUAAUUCCUGGAUCCAAGUCAUCUUCAAAAGCAUCAAGCGCGGCACCCUAAUGAGCAUUUUCUUCAUCUACUACCCGCUCGCCAAGCUCAUGUUAUUUACAGUGUUAGGUAAACAGAUUGCGACAUUUCGGAAGGAGCACCACAACUACACUGUCGAAAGGGUCACUAAGCGACUUGAAAAAGGACGAGUGUCUGAGGGUGUCGAUCUGUGGGACCUGGUUCUCCAACAAGAAGACAAGGGCAAAGCGGGCCUGACCCGCCCUGUUAUGGAUAUGAACGGCGAAUUGUUCAUGUUAGCUGGGACGGAAACGACAGCGACGUUGCUCAGUGGACUGACCUACUUGCUUCUGGCGCAUCCCAAGUCGAUGACGAAACUCGUAAAUGAGAUUCGGAGAGCAUUUGAUUCAUCAGACGGCAUCAGUAUGGAAGUCACCGCUGGCUUACCCUACCUCAAUGCAUGCAUCAAGGAAGCGUUCAGACACUAUCCUCCUGUACCGAUUGGUUUGCCGCAUCUCACUCCUGCUGAAGGUUCGACUAUCUGUGGACAUUACAUUCCCCCAAAUACGAAUGUUGCAGCCUCCCAUUUGGCCAUGUACAACUCCCCCGACAACUUCAGACUUCCUGAACGUUUCAUCCCCGAGCGCUGGCUCGGCGACCCACGCUUCGCCUCCGAUGAACGCUCAGCUCUUCAGCCGUUCCAUGUAGGCCCAAGAGACUGCAUUGGCAAGAACAUGGCCCUCCACGAAAUGCGCCUAAUUCUUAGCAAAGUACUGUUCAACUUCGAUCUCGAACUACUCCCCGAAUGUCGGAAUUGGAUCGCGGAUCAGAAGAUAUACUCGCUGUGGGAAAAGACACCCUUGAUGGUUAGAAUUAAGGACGCGGUAGUUAUUACGACGUAA